AGAGCAGUGUGAGUCUGUGUGUGAUGUGGAUGGAGUGCAGGUCGCGCUGAACACUCAUAAUUCCUGCACACAGCCACUUGUGACGAUGGCGACCAGCGAGGUGGAUGCUUUUGCGAAUGAAGAGAAGCGAACUCUGGAGCUCAGUGGCCAUGUGGGGUUUGACAGCCUUCCAGAUCAGCUGGUCAGCAAAGCAUCUGCACAGGGAUUCUGCUUCAACAUCCUCUGUGUGGGUGAGACCGGGAUCGGCAAGUCCACAUUGAUGAACACUCUUUUCAAUACAACAUUUGAAAAUGAGGAAGCCAGCCACUAUGGGCAAAUGGUGGAGCUGCGCCCACACACGUAUGAACUGCGGGAGAGCAAUGUCAACCUCAAGCUGACUGUUGUACACACUGUAGGGUUUGGAGACCAGAUCAACAAAGAACAGAGCUACAAACCCAUUCUUGAGUAUAUCGAUGCCCAGUUUGCGAAGUUUCUUGAAGAGGAGCUAAAAAUAAAGCGCUCCCUGUUUAACUACCACGACACGAGGAUCCACAUCUGCCUGUAUUUCAUCGCCCCCAACGGACAUUCUCUGAAGUCCCUCGAUCUCGUCACGAUGAAGAAACUGGACAGCAAGGUGAACAUCAUCCCCGUGAUUGCGAAGGCAGACACUGUGUCCAGGAAUGAGCUAGAAAAGUUGAAGAUCAAGGUUAUGAGUGAGCUGGUCAGCAAUGGAGUCCAGAUAUAUCAGUUUCCCACAGAGGAUGAGGCUGUUGCAGAGAUCAACUCCUCUAUGAAUACUCUUCUGCCGUUUGCUGUGGUUGGAAGCGUAGACGACGUGAAAGUAGGAAAUAAGAUGGUGAAAGGAAGGCUGUACCCUUGGGGAUCUGUGGAGGUGGAAAACGAAAAGCAUUGUGAUUUUGUGAAGCUGAGGGAGAUGGUGCUGCGUGUGAACAUGGAGGAUCUCCGGGAGCAAACGCACGCUCGUCACUAUGAGCUGUACCGUCGCUGCAAGCUGGAAGAGAUGGGCUUCAAGGACACAGGCACUGACAGCCAGUCGUUCAGCCUGCAGCAGACGUACGAAGCCAAGAGGAAGGAAUUUAUUGUGGAGCUGCAGCGCAAAGAAGAAGAAAUGAGACAGAUGUUUGUCAACAAAGUGAAGGAGACAGAAGCUGAGCUGAAAGAGAAAGAAAAAGAGCUUCAUGAGAGGUUUGAGCAGCUCAAGCGGAUGCACCAAGAAGAAAAGAAGAAUCUGGAGGAGAAAAGACGAGAGCUGGAGGAGGAGAUGAAUGCCUUCAAUAGGAGGAAGGUUGCAGCAGAGACACUGAUGGGACAGGCACUCCAAGGUUGCUCACAGCAGCCAUUCAAAAAGGACAAAGACAAGAAGAACUUCUUUAGUCUCCCAUCUGCGUGCUCCCUAACCUCAGGAAGGAAUUUGAAUUAGAAGACUUUCUACCACAUCUAAAGAUCACAGACUAACUACUCAAGUUUAUUAUUUUUACAGUGUUAAAAUAAAAGUUUUGCUGAACUUUCACUUGAAGUGAGUCAAAGUCUUCCAUGUCUACUAAACAAUGUUCUUUUUAAACAGCGAUCUGUAGCAUGGUCUCUGCAUGGCUCCUAAACUGCAAGUAUGCUUUUAUUAAAAUAUCUCCAAUACCAAAAUUUCCAAUUUCUUUUGUACUAAAUGUGCUACUUUUGUCUGUUAUGUUAUGCUUGUGGUUUCUGAUAAAUGACAAGUUACACUGUGAAAUAUAUACUAUAAACUGACAUGAUUAUUGCUGUUAAAGGUACUGAUUGUGAAUCAUUAUGAUUUAGAAGCACUUUAAAACAGUUAUAGUAAAUAUGCUUUCUUUAUUUAUAUCCAAUUAUAAAUGGUACCCUGUACUACUAACUUGUCAGCUCUCUGUUGUGUUU